CACAAUUACCUUUCUAAGCCCGAAUCCUAAGAAAAGUUCAGCAAUUUUUCAAUCAAUUUCAAUUAAUAAUCAAUUGAAAUUUGAAUCGGCGGAGGAUUACAAAAAGCAGAAACGUAAAAAAGUGGGAGAAUCAGCAGCAGAUUUGGAUAACGAAGAACAUGGAGCAGUAAGCCAUGCCGCCGUGGCCGAGAUGUUGCCGGGCGUUUACCGCCGCCUUGGCGUUAAUACUACUAUUUUUCGUUGAAAGCACAUAUUCUUUUGCACAAUCGCCUUUUGCUGGCUACCAAAAGAGUUACAAAUGCGACUGCAGGGGUUUAAAAGGGCAGCCUGGUGCACCAGGUAUCACUGGAAUGCAAGCUGUCCAAGGUGAUUACGGUGAUAUUGGACCAGAAGGUCCAUUCGGUCCAAAAGGUGAAAAAGGUGAAGCUGGAUCUUACGGAGGAGAUGGCGAGAAAGGGACUAGGGGCGAUGAUGGUGAAAGAGGACGACAAGGACCAAUGGGCCAUUCGGGGUACCCAGGCGAAGCAGGACCUCGAGGCCCUCAGGGAUUGGAUGGAUGUAAUGGAACCGAUGGCACUCCAGGCGCUCCAGGUAUUCCCGGCUUGCACGGGGUGCGAGGAUCUUUGGGUGGUGACGGUUUAAAAGGGCCACCUGGUGAUUCGGGUGAAGGUGGUGGAAAUUCUAUUGGAACAAAGGGAGAUAUGGGAGAACCAGGACUUCCCGGCUUCCCUGGUGGAUACGGACGACCUGGACCAGCUGGACCGCCGGGAUAUAGUGGACUGCAAGGAUACCCGGGUAUUGUUGGAGAGCAAGGUCCGCCCGGCCCCAGAGGUGACACGGGAGAAAGUACCAAAGGAUUACCUGGAUUACCCGGUGAACCUGGAGAUGAAGGAGAUAUUGGUAUACCUGGCGAUCUAGUCAAUGACGGUGGUUCAAUAAUUGCCCCGCCAACUGUGACAAAAAUAAAAGGACCAAAAGGAAUGAAAGGGGCACUAGGAACAAUAGGUAAUCGCGGAAGAAAGGGAGAAAUGGGUGUGCGUGGACUGGCGGGUUUACCUGGUGCUCGUGGUGAAUUGGGUGCAAAAGGAGAACAAGGUUUGGAUGGGCAAAUUGGCAAACAAGGGCGUGUAGGCCCAAGUGGACCAAGUGGCGAAAAAGGUGAUAAAGGAGCACCUGGUUAUGAGGGAGCUGCAGGUUACGAUGGAGAAAAGGGACAUAUUGGAGACGCCGGUUUCAGGGGAGCACCCGGUGUUCAGGGCAUAGAAGGAGAACCGGGUAUCUACGAUCCAUAUUUGGAUGAAGAAGGUAAAUUGGGUGUGGUGGGAAAGCAAGGUCCUGAGGGAGCUGUCGGAGAGAGGGGAAUGGCCGGAACACCGGGAAGACCGGGACCCCCAGGUCCAAUUGGUCCACCUGGAUUACCUGGCAUCCCAGGUGAUGUAGGUUUACCAGGAAUCCGAGGAAUUAGUAUUAAAGGAGAAAGAGGUGACGAUGGUUUGCCAGGAUUCCAUGGUUUACAAGGAAAACCAGGAUUACCAGGACCAGAUGGACUAAUUGGAGAAAAGGGUUUUCCAGGUUUAACUGUUGAGGGUCCACCAGGAUUAGAUGGAUUACCAGGUAUUGAAGGGUUCCCAGGGCCAAUUGGAGACAGAGGUGAUAUCGGAGAAUUUGGAUCAAAAGGUUUCUCUGGCCAAGGUCAAGCAAUUGUUGGUCCCGCAGGUGACCCGGGUCCACCUGGCCUUCCAGGUCUCCUAGGUGAUUUUGGUACACCAGGUUUUAGUGGUCUUCCUGGUGAGAAGGGAAAACGAGGCGACGAUUGCGGAAUAUGCAGAGGAGGUGCUCCUGGCUGGAAAGGUGAACUGGGAGAUGCAGGAAGAAGUGGCCGGGCCGGAGGUAUAGGAUAUGCAGGAUUACCUGGGCCUAGAGGGCCCAAGGGGGUAACUGGCAAAACCGGUUUGCCUGGUGAACAGGGGCCACAAGGGUUACCUGGUGCUGCUGGUUUACAAGGAUUUACUGGAGAAAAAGGACGAAAAGGAGAGCUUGUAUAUCCACCUUCUGGUCAAGUUGAACCCGCCGAACCAGGGUAUCCUGGAUUUCCUGGAAAAGAAGGUCUCCCUGGCUUUAGGGGCCCUACUGGCCCACAGGGACCUCUUGGCUUAGACGGUCCAAAGGGAGAAAGAGGUAAAAUUGGUCCACAAGGAUUGCCAGGCAAGGAUGGAUUCCCCGGAUUGAAUGGAUUGCCUGGGUUAAAAGGAGAUCCCGCUUCAGUCCCUAAAGAGUACUUAAGAGGUGACCGUGGAUUCGAUGGAUACCCGGGAGAACCAGGAGCAGCAGGAGAAUAUGGAGGUGAAGGUGAACCAGGAGAUGCUGGCAUAUUUUUGGCAGAUAUUAAAGGAAGUCGUGGAAUUAAAGGAGAUCUUGGGGGCCGAGGAUGGGAUGGCUUUAAAGGAGAAAGUGGUCCGACUGGAGAUGUUGGUUUCCCUGGUCUUCCCGGCAUAACGGGAAGUAUGGGACCAUCAAUUACAGGGCCUGUCGGACUUAAAGGCUUCCCUGGAACAAUCGGAAUGGAAGGUCCACGUGGUCAUCCAGGAUUACCCGGAAGGCCUGGUACUGAUGGUAGUCAUGGCCUACCUGGCCUGAAAGGAAACCGCGGUGAUACAGGAUUAAGUAUUCUUAAUGGAGAAAUAGGAGUACCAGGGCUCGUUGGCAGAAAAGGAGAACCUGGUGAUUUUGGUCCUGACGGUUAUCCUGGUAGAGAAGGUACAUCAGGCGUUAAAGGUAUCAAAGGUCAGAAGGGUGCACCAGGAUAUGCAGGACUACUAGGAGUAACUGGAACCAAAGGACAAACGGGAGCGAUAGUAGUAGGGCCUCCAGGACUUCCUGGUGAGCCUGGAUUGCCAGGUUUGUUUGGAAUGAUGGGACAAACGGGACAAAAAGGUGAAGACGGUUACCCUGGUUUCUCUGGAAUGAAAGGUAUUAAAGGAGACAUUGGGCUAUUGGGAAGAAUAGGUUUGAUAGGGGAAAUAGGCGAGGAAGGCUUCCCUGGGCGCUUUGGGGUAAUGGGUCUACCGGGAAGACCGGGAGAGGUCGGAUUAAAGGGAGAUGACGGAUUCCCUGGGCUACCUGGAUUGGAAGGGAAACAAGGUUACCCUGGUCAACGAGGAUUGAAGGGGGCUCGCGGCGAUAUAGGGUUGAGAGGGUUGCCUGGAAAUGCAGGUUUGCCAGGUUUACCAGGGUUGCAAGGAGAUCCGGGUGCUUUUGGUAUUAGCGGACAAAAAGGAGAACCGGCUUUCAGCGGGCAACAAGGCGAUAUCGGAGAACCAGGUUACAGAGGUUUACCAGGAUUUGAUGGGCUUCCGGGACUUAAUGGGGCACCUGGGGAACGUGGCGACCUAGGUCAAAAUUGGCCUGGAGAAUAUGGAGCAACUGGUAUUAAAGGCGACGCGGGAUUUCCGGGAAGAAAUGGCGCACCUGGAUUAAUGGGAGAACAAGGAGACUUAGGUCUACCUGGGCCGCCAGGAUAUCGCGGUGAUCCAGGUUUUCAAGGUGAACCAGGACGUUCGGGAAGACGAGGAAUACCAGGUUUUAAGGGCGAAAGGGGCGGGCCAGGUCUGCCAGGAAUUUCGGGACCAAAAGGAGAGAAAGGUGCAUUUGGAGAACCUGGCCGAACUGGUAAACCCGGUUUUCCUGGAGAUGUUGGGUUACCUGGUGCAGUAGGUCCACAGGGUGUCCCUGGUAUAAAAGGUAAACGAGGGCUGCCCGGAUUUGCUUCGUUUGGUGAAGGCAAAAGAGGUGACGUUGGUUUGACCGGAAUUCACGGAUUACCUGGAGCUAUUGGAGAACCUGGCGUGCCAGGCUUUCCCGGUGCUCCAGGGCCUCGAGGUUUGCCAGGAGAUAUUGGAUUCAUUGGUUUGCAAGGAGAUUUUGGAAUUGUUGGUGUUAAAGGUAUAAGAGGAGAAGAAGGAGAAGUUGGCCUUCCAGGAUUACCAGGUGUAAAUCCCGAACGAGGUGACGAAGGCCGAGCCGGAUUAGAUGGCUUAGUUGGCUUGAGUGGUGUGGCUGGCCAGAAAGGUGCUCCUGGGGAUUACGGAGCGGACGGAGCCAUUGGUUUUCCGGGAGAACCUGGCCCAGUUGUUGUAGGAAUUAAGGGAAUACGUGGUGAUGCCGGUUUCCCGGGACAACCUGGCAGGCCUGGAAAGUUUGGGUUACCAGGAAACAACGGCAGACCUGGCGCCAGAGGGGCUAAGGGUAUGCAGGGAGAUAUUGGUACUGCUUCUAUCAAUUUUAAAGGCGAAGAGGGCGAUAUUGGUUUCCGAGGCUUGCCCGGCCCUAACGGUGCUAAAGGCGAGUUAGGCGAGCCAGGAAGUGUAGGAUUGCCAGGCCCAAUUGGCCCAAGAGGUCUUAGGGGACCAACUGGGGACGUUGGCCUUCCAGGAGCACAAGGUUCUGUAGGUUUUCAAGGUGAAAAAGGUGACCGUGGAGAGUUUGGACAAGUCAUCGCCGGGUUAAUUGGUGAUACUGGAUUUGCUGGAGCAGAUGGCCUACCUGGCAUGGAAGGCAUACCUGGAAAAUCUGGUGCACGUGGCUACUCUGGUGCUCCAGGCGAGCCAGGAUUACCUGGCAUGCAAGGGUUGCCAGGUUUCCAAGGUCCUAAAGGCGUGCAGGGUGACAACGGUUUACCAGGACAAGUCGGUUUACAAGGUGCUUUUGGAGCUCCUGGAAUCCGUGGUGACCCAGCUCCGUCACCGCCCGGUCCCAAAAGUAGAGGGUUUUACUUUACAAGACACUCUCAAUCUGAACUUACACCGAUUUGUCCCAAAGACACUAUAAAAAUGUGGGAUGGAUAUUCAUUACUGCACAUUAUGGGAGAUUCGAAAGCCCAUGGCCAAGAUUUAGGAGCACCAGGAAGCUGUUUAAGAAAAUUCAGCACCAUGCCAUACUUGUUCUGUAACUUAAAUGAUGUUUGCGACUAUGCGCAACGAAAUGAUUAUAGUUACUGGUUAUCCACGAAUGAACCAAUGCCUGUAAUGAUGACUCCCAUACCCGCUCCUGAAGUAGGAAGAUACAUUUCAAGGUGUUCUGUAUGUGAAGCUCCAACAAGAAUUAUUGCAGUGCACAGUCAAAGUCAAACUAUACCAGAAUGUCCUACAGGUUGGGAAGAACUAUGGAUUGGUUACAGUUUCAUGAUGCACACUGAUGCUGGUGCACAAGGUUCUGGACAACCUUUGGUAUCUCCAGGUUCCUGUUUGGAAGAAUUUAGACCACGACCUUUCAUCGAGUGUCACGCCCAUGGUCGAUGCAAUUACUUUACUACCGCAUAUUCAUACUGGCUAGCCACUAUUGAAGAUUAUGCCAUGUUUACAAAACCACGCCAACAAACAUUAAAAGCAGGAAUGGAUUUAACUUCCCGCAUCAGUCGAUGCGCAGUAUGUAUUCGGCGUCGUUAUCAUUCAGAAAGGUCACAACCACGCCCCGGUGGGGGUCCUACCUAUGGUGUUCCUCAGCCUAGCGAAAUUCAGACAUACCCUAUUGACAGAAGAUAUAAUACAGGAGAUCCUCGGCAAUUUGGCAGGGCAGGUCAAUCUGGUGUAAGCACUGAGAACAGAUUUGGGGGACAAAGUCAGUUCAAGUCUCAAAGUCAAUCUGGAUCCCAAAGUCAAUCCAGUGUUGAUAGUCAAUACGGAUCCCAAAGUCAAUCUAGUGUUCAAGGUCAAUACGGAUCCCAAAGUCAGUCUGGAGCACAAAGUUCAUAUAUAACGCAAGGCCAAACUCAAUCGGGCGGUCAAAGCCAAUAUGGAGGUCAGGCUCAAUAUGGAUCCCAAGGUCAACCUGGGGUUCAGACUCAAUAUGGAAGCCAGACUCAUCAGUAUGGCUCUGAAGGUCAAUCUGGUCAAACGCAGAGUGGAUCAGCAGGUCAGGUUCAAUAUGGUGGACAGCGCCAGUACGGCCCUCAAACUCGACAAAGACCUCCAACUCAAUAUGGUACACAAUAUCAAGGCCAAGGGCAAUCUGGAUCCCAAACCCAUUAUGAAACACAAAGUGGUGCUGAAGGGCAAUACGGAGGACAUUCUCAGACAGGUGGGUCAGUUCAAUAUGGGCCCCAAUACAACAGAGGCGAAGGUCAAUACAGACCUCAAGCUCAGCCAGGUGCCCAAACUCCUUACCAAUACAGCAACCAACAAAACCCCAACCUCUACCUAAAUAAUUUAGAAAAUCGAAGAAGACAGAAUGGGGGUAGACGCCAAAGGCUAAGGAAAAGGGGACAGGAAAAACUAAACAAACCUGAAAAUGAAGUCGAUGCUUCGUAAAACGAAUGGUGUGCGCCUUAUUGACUAUUAGUGAAGUGUUGUUAGAUUUAGUAUUCCUCCCCGUUAAAUGUAUAUUGGAUGUGUACAAUCGUGUAUAUACUUACUUAUUUUGUCAAAAUAUGAUAUGAAACUGUGUUCAAGUGUAUGACAAUUUAUUUUUGUAACAUAAUUAUAUAGUGCCAUUAUUAGUUUAGCUUGUCACUUAUACGAAUGUGAUUCUUAAGAUGUAAUUUAAUUUUCACUGCCAUAGUAAUUAUUUACUUACGCCGUUUAUCCAAUUUAUAAAUUGUUUUAUAUUAAUUGAAUAAAAGUGUAAAAUAGAAACCUA